AGUCGCUCCAUGGUCUUUGUAUUUGGCUACAAUAUAAUUUGGGAUAUUCCAUGGUCUAAAAUAAAUGUUUUUGGCUCCAAAAUAAUUUUGGAUGUUGCAGGUGGAAGCAAUGAACCUGCAGUCGAAAUUCGACCGCGUGUCGUGGAAGAAAGCGACCAGCUUCUCGUGGACUCGGCUGCCCGACCCCGUUGCCAGGCGACAGCUUAGGCUGCUCACCACCCGCGGGAGGGGUCCGCUCUCCGAUGCCAAAUACACUGAGCUGCAACAACUAAUCCAGGAGAUGAAGGAUAUCUAUACGUCAGCCAGGGUAUGUCCUCAAUCAGAUCUGGCUCCAGUUUAUUGUGAUUCUCGGCUAGAACCAGAGCUCACGCAUACACUGGCCCAUUCAAGGGAUUUUGAAGAACAGCUGCAUGUCUGGAGAGCUUGGAGGGAUGCUGUUGGACCACCAAUAAGAAACAAAUAUAUUAGAUAUGUCGAACUUAUCAAUGAGGCCGCCAAACUGAACGGGUUCAGAGAUGCAGGCGACCAACAGAAGUCUCAGUACGAAGACGAGGGAUUCGGUCAGCAGAUAACAGAGAUUUGGUCCUCCCUGUCUCCGCUGUACAGACAACUGCAUGCCUACGUCAGGAGGAAGCUGGCCGACUAUUAUGGACCCAGGCGAGUCAGGCCUGAUGGACCAAUUCCUGCCCACAUUCUUGGUAAUAUGUGGGGUCAGAGUUGGAAAAAUAUUUUCGAUAUUGUACUUCCUUAUCCUGGAAAGCGAAGAGCAGACGUCACACCAGAAAUGUUGAGACAAGGCUAUACACCUCUUAGGAUGUUUCAAACGGCAGAAGAAUUUUUCACUUCGAUGGGACUGAAACCAAUGCCGGUUGAGUUUUGGCAUAAAUCGAUGUUGGAGCGACCCACCGACAGAGUUGCAGCGUGCAAGGCUUCCGCCUGGGAUUUCUGUAAUCGGAAGGACUACAGGAUCAAACAAUGCACAGAAGUGACAAUGGAACAACUAUUAACUACCCAUCAUGAAAUGACUCACAUUCAAUAUUAUCUGCAAUAUGCAGAGAACCCUAUACUGUUCAGGGAUGGUGCUAAUCCAGCGUUUCAUGAAGCAGUAAGUGAUGCAAUACUAUUAUCAGUGACAACUCCAAGGCAUAUGCAUCGAAUUGGACUACUAAACAAUAUAACCGAUGACUAUGAAACAAAUAUUAAUUUUCUACUAGAGAUGGCUCUUGACAAAGUGGCAUAUCUGCCAUUUGCAUAUCUGGUUGAUCAGUGGCGCUGGAGUAUAUUUUCGGAGGGUGUGGAGGGCAUCAAUGCUAGAUGGUGGGAGUUGCGCCUCCACCAUCAGGGGGUCAUUCCUCCGGUGUCAAGAGGCGAGAGUGACUUCGACCCGGCGGCCAAAUAUCACAUUGUAGCUGACCAGCCUUAUAUGAGGUACUUUGUCUCACUAGUUCUACAGUUCCAAAUUCACGAAGCCCUAUGUCAAGCUGCUGGACAUAUCGGUACCUUACAUACGUGCGAUAUCUACAGAUCAAGAGAAGCCGGUCGUUUAAUAAGUGAAACAAUGUCAAUCGGCUCCUCUCGCAAGUGGACAGAAGUGGUGAAAAUCGCAACCAGAGGUAGAGCGAGUAGAUUGGAUGCUCGUCCCAUGCUCGAGUACUUCAGUCCGCUUUUGCUCUGGCUCAGAGUCCAGAAUCGUGAUGAGAGAAUAGUUGGAUGGUCCAGUUCUCAGGAAGAUACAGCACUGUUUGAGCACUGGUCACGUGGCAACGCACCCACUCAUCGCCUCCAUUUGGUCACUUAUUUUCUCAUAAGUAUUUUCUCUCCUAUGUUACUGCAACUGAUUUGAAAAAUUCCCGGCAUCAGAGCUAAGUGACAACGAAUCAAGCUUUAAAUCUAUUUUGUUAACUAGAUGUACGUGUUGAAAAUGAAUGUGAAACUACUUAUUAUGACUGUGAUAAAUGAAGAUUUAUAGUACCGUACAUGAAUUGAUAAAUCUGAAAUCCUUGUAGAACGUAAAGUGUUCUAAGAAUAUAUAAAUCAUAAACACAGUAGAUGUAACCAAAUGCCUUAUUUGUGGUACCUUAAAGGGAUCAAUAUAGAAUCACAAAAGUAUAAUACGAGCUAGAUAAUUAGCAAGAUGGAUAGUGAAUGAUAUAGUUUCCAAUGCCCUUUUAAGAGGAAAAUGUCUCUUACUGUAAACAAAAAAGAAUCAGAAUCAAUCAGUAAACGGCAUUGUGUGCUCUUCUAACAAAAAUAAUAAUACCCUUAUAGGUAAAAUAAUUCAUGUAAUGACAGAAUAUUUGGAUAAAAAUGAAAUGAGUAAUAUUUUUUCAUAUUGAUUAGGAAAAUAAUUAUGUCAUUUAGACCAACAAAUGAAAAAUAUCAAAGUAAGAUUCAUGUUAUUGAUAGAAGUGAGCUACUUUUAUUAUUUUGAAUAUGAAAUUUAAUCAAAAGUUAAAAUCUUUUCAGUGUUUCUAUUUAAUGCACUUUUUCGAAUAAAAAAAUGGACGUAGAAUAGUUGACUAAUUUUAAUGAAUAAAACUAGAGAUAAGGAGAGUUUAUAAUUAUCUAGAGUUACCUCAUCUGUAAUCA